AUGAAGUUCUCCGUCAUCGCCGCCCUUGCCGCCACCGCCUCGGCCGCCGCCAUCAAGCGCGCCGAUGUCGAUGCCAUCUUCGACGUCAGUAGCUUUGAGGCCAGCUGCGUUCCCCACAGCUCUCAGUGCAUCUACUCGUUCAAGCUCGCCAAGUCUGGCACUGGGGAGACCGAGGGCGUUUCCUGCAGCGCCUAUGUCACCGCCGACAGUGGCAACACCCUCCCUGCCGUCGAGAACGGCACUUGCGAGCAGUCCAGCCGCACCUGGAAGAUUGUCAAGUCGACCGACGGCCUCGCUCUCUUCGCCUCGCAGCAGGUCACCCCCGCCUCCAACGUCACGGGUGUCCACCAGAUCAACAACUCUGAGCUCGAGAUCACCACCCCCGAGAACCCCAACGGUGCCGUCCAGCAGUACAUUGGUGCCCCGGCCUUCACCCUCGACCGCCCUCAGUACGAGUAA